GGGGGGGGGGCGGGGAGCGGCGCGCGCGGCUGGGGCAGAGGGUGGCCGUUGGUGGCCGUUGGUGGCCGUUGGUCAGCCGCCGCCCGGAGCGGCGACGGGGCCGGGCCUGAGGAGGAGGAAGAGCGGCGGCGGCUCGGCCGUGAGAGUCGUCAAUAUGUUGAAGACAUACUUGUGAAAGGUGGGGUACUAGUGGAAGAGUAGAAACUCUUUGAAGACACAAACUCUAUCAGACCUUUUGUUGCGUAUCUGGAAAGUAGUAAAGGAAAACUCGGCCACAUUUCAUCAAGAUGCAAAGGAGUGUAUUACAUACUGCAUCUCAGCUGGCGCACGGGAUGUGUUUGGUUUUUCCUCGCCCUAGCGUCUUUCAGUGCGUAAAAGGACAAUCGAUGUCAUCUAAUGUUGGAUGCAAAGUGAUUUUGGCACUGGACCCUCCUAAACGAUGUCUUCAUGCAAGUGUAGCACUGUUAACCUCAAAGAAAAGUGCUUUUUCAUCGCAGCCAGCAGACACUCCUCACAAAGUACUAGAAGAGAGGAAUCCUUUGACUUCAGCCGCUGAUGUACCCAAGCAGAGCCCCGUAGAGACAGAUUCUUCAGAUCCUGAUCCAUUGCAAGAUAAAUCAAUUAGUCUUGUUCAAAGAUUCAAGAAAACUUUUAAACAGUAUGGAAAAGUCAUGAUUCCAGUUCAUCUUGUGACUUCCACAGUGUGGUUUGGAUCCUUUUACUACGCAGCCAUGAAAGGAGUGAAUGUUGUUCCAUUCCUAGAGUUGAUUGGCUUACCAGACAGCAUAGUAAGCAUCCUGAAAAACUCCCAGAGUGGAAAUGCACUAACUGCAUAUGCAUUGUAUAAAAUUGCAACUCCUGCCAGAUAUACUGUGACUUUGGGAGGAACGUCCAUCACCGUUAAAUAUCUACGUAAGAAUGGCUAUAUGUCCACACCACCACCAGUAAAGGAAUAUCUGCAAGAUAGGAUGGAGGAAACAAAGGAUAAAAUUACAGAGAAGAUGGAGGAAACAAAGGAUAAAAUUACAGAGAAGAUGGAGGAAACAAAGGAUAAAAUUACAGAGAAGAUACAAGAAACCAAAGAUAAAGUUUCAUUUAAAAAAAUAAAGGACUAGGAGAGAUGCUUAAUUUUUAGAUAUAUCUAACUUAGCACUUUAACCUUUUUUUGAGGCAGGAGAUACAAAGUGCACUUCUGAGAUUUCUUUUUUUGUUGUUUUUUAUUGGUGUUUUUUGUUUUUGUCUGGAGACUACAAUUGCGCUGUGGAUUUAAAAAUUCUGUGUAUUCACGAAGGCUAAAGUUUUCUGUGAGGGAGCAGUUGUGACAGUUUCAAUUUAUAGAAGCAAAAAUGAAUCUCAGAUUAGAAUUUCCUAUCUAGUGGUGAUAGUGUUAAUUCCCCACCUACCAUUUUUUUUCAUCAAAAUGAAGAUGGUUUCUUCCUAAAGCUACUGCUUUACUCUUCCUCCAUCUUAGUGCACAGCCAUUUUUCCAUCAGGCUGAAUCUUCCACUAAAUGAGAAUGAAGAUUUCUCUACUGGGAAAGAAAACAUAUUUUGGGUUUCAAAGUAUGUGGACCCAGACCUCUUUAAUCAUGAUCAUCUCUCGGCUUGGAGACAGACCAUUAUCACUGAUACUGCACACGAAGGAACGAAUGGAUUAUCUACUCAGUCUGAAUGAAUUUAUAAUAGCUACGUUGACUUCAGCUGAUCAGUAACAGUUUACAGGUUGAGACCAUGAACCUUUCUUGGAAAGUUCGUCUCUUCAGAAAUCUCAGCUGAAAGCUAUAGGAAGAUGAGAUAAUCGCUAUAGCCAUACUGUCAAGUGUACUAUUUUUUUUCUAAAGUUGAUUUACAGUAGAAAGUUAUUAAAAUGAAUCAAUAAUUGUGUAUUAAAAACUAGGAUUUUUUAUUAUGUUAAAGUUUACAACACUGUUCUAUUUCAUGGUAGCCCUAUACCAACAACAACAAAAAAAUCCAGAAGAGAGAAGUUUACUCAAGCAAUUGGUAUACUAAUGGGACUUUUAAAAUACAUACAAAGUUAGAGUUAAACCCAAAAGUUCCUCUUCAAGAAUCCUCCAGACGUCAGUAGAACAGUUUACCUUAAAAUAAGCAUAAUUUCUGAGACAGCAAUCAAUCUACCAGAAUUCUAUUCCUGAGUUUUUUAGGUCGAGCAAAUACUUACAGCUGAAAUGGUAGAAGAACUAAAUUUGAAUCUGCUCUAUUUGACUGGGCAGGCAAACUUCUUUCAUUUUUAUUCAAAUUUAGGUUAAAUUCAAGUGGGUUCUUUUCUACUUCUGUUACAGACCUCACUUUCUAGCAAAUCUCUGCAUGUGUGUCUUGUUCAACAAAGGUAGUUUUUUUGCAGCGGGAUAUGGGAAAGCAACAGAGUUGGACCCUAAGCAUUGUAACUGACUAGGAUAAAAGAAUAUAGCUGAUACUUUAUAAGGCCCACACUUCAGUGUUUUCAGUCAAGUCACCAAGGUCCUGUCCAUGUUUAAUUGGGUUGAACUUCAUUAACUUAAUUGUGGAGGAUUGAUUACAUACUUCUCUGUCUCUGUCCAUGUGUCAAAUAGUAACUGCAAUCUAAUGCCUACCUCACAGGGAUGUUGUGAGGAAUAAUCACUGUAAAUUUGGUGCCCUGAAGAUGUAAAGUGCCAUGUUUCUGAUAAAUACUAUUAAAAAGUAACUCUCUCUAACUAUGAA